CAAUCAUUUCUAUUUUACUCCCCCCUCUCACUAAUAUUCUCUGCAAAUAAUAACAAUAAUAUACAUACCCAACAUUAAUUUAUACACAAACAGCUGAUUCAAAGUACCAAACCCAAUCAACCAACCCCAUUUCUCUAUUACACACCUCAUUUUCUACUUUUAUUAUGUACUAGUAAGACUUUCAACUAAAAACAAUGAAUCAUUUUUGUUGGUAAUGUGUUUUUUUUUCUUCUGUUUUUACCCUCCCAAACCAUUUGAAAACCCCAAGAAAGAGAGUUUCUUUAUUUGAUGAACUCAUCAAUCUAGCUUCAUCACUAGCCUACCAAAUCCAUUCUUCAUUUCUCUUUUCUCUUUUUUCCUUCUUGCUUACAUUAAACUAAGGCACAGUCCCCCACAUAUUCAUCUCUCUCUACUAUUUCUCCCACCAUAGCUGUCCACUCACUUCUCCAUUCAUAUUCUUUACUUAGAUUCUCAUCUGGGCUUCUUUCAUUUUUUUAUACACUCCAACUUGUAUCUUGUUUAUUUGCUAUUCAUUCAAUGUUGUUGUGUUUCACCACUCCUUAGGUCAUUUCUUGAUCUGGGUUUUUGAUGAUUUUAGCUGAAUUUGAUACUGUGGUGAUUUGGGGUUUUGUAAAAAUCCUAUCUUUUUUUGUUUGAUCUAAAGAAAUUGAGUUACUGGGGUUUCUUGAUUUGUUAUGUAUUGCAGUCUUGAUGCUUAGUAGAUCUGUUAUUUGAUCUUCAAGCUUGGACACAUCUUUCAUCAGGUCAGAUCAUUAAAUUUUUGGCUUCUCAUUUUGAUUGAUGGUGUUUCAUGAUAUAGUAUUAAUCUUAAUUGGUGCUAAAUUAGUGGGGUUAUGGCAUGUUUUGUUGUACUGUUAUAAGAGAAUGCCACCAUGUCUAGUUAUUUGUGGAUGCUUAUGAUUCUUAGCUAUAGAAAAUCUUCAUUGCCAAGGUUUUUAGAUAUUUAAGAGACUGUAAGAAUAAUUUAGAAUGGGGAAUGGGACUUCGCGUGUCGUGGGAUGCUUCGUGCCAUCCUAUGGGAAAGGUGCUGCUGAGAUGGAUUUCUUGGAGCCCCUAGAUGAAGGGUUAGGUCACUCCUUUUGUUAUGUUAGACCCAUGAUCUUUGAUUCUCCUGCUAUUACGCCGUCUAAUUCUGAGAGGUUUACUAUUGAUUCAAGUACUAUUGAUUCUGAAACAAUGAGUGGGUCAUUCCGUCAUGAUACAAUUGAAGAUAUAUCAGGUUUGCAUAAGCUCAAUAAGAGUUUUUCAGAAACCACAUUUAAAGCUAUAUCUGGGGCUUCUGUUAGUGCUAAUGUUUCUACAGCUCGAACUGGAAACCAGUGUGCAUUGUUCGCUACCGAUGCCCUAGAGCCUGCUGCUUCAUUUGAAAGCACCUCUUCAUUUGCUGCAAUUCCCUUGCAACCUGUGCCACGUUGUUCUGGACCCUUGAGCGGGUUUAUGUCUGGACCCUUGGAAAGAGGUUUUGCCUCAGGUCCACUAGAUCGGGGAGGGGGGUUUAUGUCUGGACCUAUUGAAAAAGGGGCAAUAUCUGGUCCACUGGAGGUAACAGAUAAAUCAAACUUUUCUGCACCACUUACACAUGUCCGUAAAAGGCCUGGCUUCCGCCAUCUAGUGAGGAGUGUGAGUGGUCCUAUGAGAAGCACCCUUUUGCGAACCUUCUCAAGACAUUCUGCAGGGGUUGGUUGGAUGCAACGCUUGUUUCCUCAGCCAGUUAACCAAUUUAUUUGGCAUCCUAAAGAGCCAAGAUUUCAAACAGAAGUGUCCCACAACUUUUCGGAAGAUGGACCACUAGAAGGAGAGUGCAGGGAGACCCGUAACCUGCAGUGGGCUCACGGAAAAGCUGGUGAAGAUAGGGUUCACGUGGUGCUUUCAGAGGAGCAAGGAUGGUUGUUUAUUGGUAUUUAUGAUGGUUUUAGUGGUCCAGAUGCACCGGAAUUUCUUAUGAGCCAUCUUUACAAAUCGAUAGACAAGGAAUUAGAAGGAUUGCUUUGGGAUUAUGAAGAGAAAUCUGUACACAGGGAUGUGCAACUGGAUUUAACCCAAACGAGAAACACCUUGACCGACUCACAAUGCCAACAGAUGGUCGAUACUCAAUCGCACAUCGGGGAUGUACAUUAUGGUAAUUCAGAAAAUUUAAGUACUAUAGGUAUUGCCUUAAACCAGUCUAAUGGUGAUAAAAUUGAGGAAAUAGGUGUUGACCAGCAUUUGAUUAGGUCUGAGGAGCCCAGUCUCUUGGGCACUAAAAUUUGUCCUCUGUCAACUGAAAAGAUUGCUGGUCCGGCAAGGAAAAGCAAACGACUAUAUGAACUACUUCAGAUAGAAGCAAAAGACAAUGAAGUUCAGUUGUCUCAGUCCAGUACUGAGCAGAAAACUCGUUCAAAUUCCAAUUCAGUGCAAAAUGUUACAAAUAUAUGUCCAGAGGGUUUUUUUCGGGAGGAACAGUUAAACUUAAAACGAGGUAGUUGUAACAACCUUGUUGAAGAGCCUUCAACUUCAGAAGUGUAUGUUGGCAAUAGUGUGACAGCGAACACCAAGAUUUUCUUAGAUUCUUCUUCUGUUACUAGACAGGGACGAACUAGAAAGUCAAUUAUCAGCUCCAAAAUUAGACAACUCUACCAAAAUCGAAAAUCAUUGCGAAAAAAACUGUUACGUUGGAAUUAUGAUUGGCAUAGAGAAGAGAGUAGUGCUGAGGAAAGAAUACCAGAACCGGAAACUUUUAGGCCUAUCAGGAGAUGCAAAACUGGUAUUGUUGAUCACGACAAUGUUUUAAGAGCAAUGGCUCGGGCACUCGAAACAACUGAGGAGGCUUACAUGAAAAUGGUGGAAAAAGAUCUUGACAGAACCCCAGAGCUAGCUUUGAUGGGAUCAUGUGUCCUGGUUAUGUUAAUGAAGGAUCAAGAUGUAUAUGUCAUGAACCUAGGCGAUAGCCGUGCAAUUUUGGCUCAAGAAAAACCUCAUGAUCGCCACCAAAGUUCAACAUUUUUAAGAGAUGAUGCCAGGAACCAGAAUAAGUCAAGAGAGUCCCUUGUAAGGAUGGAGCUUGACAGAAUAUCAGAGGAAUCUCCAAUACAUAAUCAGAACAGCCAGGCCAGCGAUUUGAACAAAAACAGGGAAAUAUCUAUUUGCAGAUUAAAGAUGAGAGCGGUACAACUUUCUUCGGAUCACAGCACAAGUGUAGAAGAGGAAAUAUUAAGGAUAAAAUCGGAGCAUGUUGAUGACAACCAAGCUGUUAUAAAUGGUCGAGUGAAAGGACAAUUAAAAGUAACGAGAGCCUUCGGAGCUGGGUUUCUUAAAAAGCCAGGAUGCAAUAAGGCUCUUCUGGAGAUGUUCCAGAUUGAUUACCUGGGAACGGCGCCUUAUAUAAGCUGCAUUCCUUCUGUAUUGCAUCUCCAACUUUCAUCAAAUGAUCGUUUUCUUGUGCUCUCAUCUGAUGGGCUUUAUCAGUACUUCAGCAAUGAAGAGGUUGUAGCCCAUAUCACGUGGUUCAUGGAAAAAGUCCCUGAAGGUGAUCCUGCACAAUAUCUCAUUGCAGAGCUUCUCUUUCGUGCUGCCAAGAAGAAUGGAAUGGACUUUCAUGAGUUGCUUGAUAUUCCAAAUGGAGAUCGCCGCAAGUACCAUGACGAUGUGUCUGUUAUGGUGAUAUCACUUGAGGGGAGGAUAUGGAGAUCAUCUGGAUAAAACUUGUGUUUUCUUUCUAAAUGUAACAUUUUUUUUGCUUGCAGUCUUGAACCUGUACUCGGAACUUAUUUUCCCUUGAUGCUUUUUUGAUGAAGAUGGUACAGAGAAAAGGCAGGUAUACCAAAAUGAAAUGGAUAUACAAGUUCGCAUUGUUUUU